AUGGAGAUGAACUAUAAUGAUGCAGAAUUGCAUCAGAUCGAAGAGGAGAUUGGCCAGGAGAUCUUGCCUGGUACAGAGGUGCAUCAUCUUCCAUUAUCACAGUCAAGAACGUUUGCUGAGAUAGAAAUCCCAGNNAUCAUGACCGAUGUCGGAAGCCACCACUUCGUGAAAGGCCACAAUGGUGUUCUCGUCCCUCAACCCUCAGAUGACCCUCACGACCCCUUGAACUGGUCAGCGAAAUGGAAGUUCUUAGCCAUCACAUCAAGCAGUUUGGUUUCCUUCAGCCAAGGCUUCGGACCUCUUGCCCUUGCCCCUGCCUUCGGAUACUACAUCAAAGCUUUCGAUUGUUCGUUGGCCGAUGCUGUGCAAUUCACAGGUGUUUCCAUUCUGGUUCUCGGAUUCAGUAACUUCAUCUGGGUGCCAUUGAGUUCGUCUUUUGGCCGCAGAGUGGUGUAUAUUGCCAGUCAGUUGAUGUGUCUGGCUAGUAUGAUCUGGCGAGCUAGAGCACAGACAUAUGGAUCCUUCAUGGGUGCUUGCAUCCUCAACGGACUUGGUGCUGGCCCUGCUGAGUCUAUUCAGCCUGCUGUCAUUGCUGACAUCUUCUUCCUUCACAACCGUGGCUUCCAGAACACUUUGUACUGGACUGCAUACAUGGGUUCGCUGAUGGUUGCUCCUAUCAUCUGUGGUGUCAUGUCAGAUCGUCUUGGCUGGCGCUCCUUCUGGUGGCUCAACGUUGGUCUCGUUACUGUGUCGCUCCUGAUGGUCGUCUUCUGCUUCCCUGAGACCAAAUACCACCGUCCCCACCCUCAUGAAAUCCCAGCCCCGACUACUCGCAACUUCGAUGACAGCAACUCAACACUACCAGUGCCGGACAAGCUUUCAGGUGGCCAUGUCGAAGACAUCGAAAUCCAGCAAAUCGAAUCAAGGACUGGCAUGCCUUCACUAGCAGCAACCAAGACAGCAGACCGUGACCCUUUCCUCGGCAAGGGCUACCCCUCAAAGGCACAAUGGAAGCUCUGGCAACACAACGACCAUCCUUGGAAGAGCAUGGCCAAUGACCUCUGGCUUCCCUGGAAGUUGUUUGCAUUCCCCAUUGUCGAAUUCGCUGCCUUUGUCUGCUCAUGGUCUUGCUCAAGUUUCUUGACUCUCAACUUGACCCAAGCUCAAGCAUUUGCUGCACCACCUUACAACUUCUCUUCUGAAACCAUUGGAUUCUUCAACUUCGCCAUCCUGAUUGGUGCCAUCAUUGGUCUGGCCUCGUCCGGAAAACUGAGCGAUUGGGUAGCCGCAAGAGCCACAAAGAGAAAUGGAGGUAUCCGUGAGGUAAGAAAAGACAAUCUCCGACUUCUGCUUCGCUUCGCUAACAGAUGUGUGCUUUCUAGCNCCGAAAUGCGUCUGAUCGCAAUGAUUCCCUACGUGAUCAUCAUGUACAUCGGCAACAUCGUCGCCGCCAUCGGCAUGGAGAGAAAAUGGCCCUGGCAAGUCAUCGUCGUGAUUGCUUUCGGUGCUGCGGGCAUCCAAGUAGCCUCAAUCCCCUCCAUCGUGUCCACCUACGCCGUAGACUCGUACAAGCCAGUGGCUGGCCCCCUCUUCGUUGCCGUCACGGUCAACAAGAACGUCUGGGGCUAUGGUUUCUCCAAGUUCAUCACACCCUGGGUCGAAGAAGCUGGAUUUAUCCCACCAAUCAUGACAAACGGCUCGUUGGUAUUGUUGUGGUGUCUCUUCGGCAUCUUGUUCUACUACAAGGGAAAGACGUUCAGAAGAUGGUCCCGCAACUCUUCCGUGCAUAAGGUAGAAUAA